AUGCGGUUCCAGCUGACAGUCCUCCCCGGCGCCUUCGCCGCCCUCGCAGCAGCUUGCGCCGUGCCCUUCAACGACGUACGCCUCCUCCACAACAAGACCCUUCUCCACGAGGCCAUCGAGCAGCACCGUCAAGCUCAAGCUCGACUACCCAACGGCCCACAAACAGGCUGGGCUCACGCCGUGCAGGCCGGCAACCCCUACCAGCCGUGGCCGGACGAUCUCGACGGCAUAGUGCGCGUGCGCUACUGCUACCGCAGCGCGAAGGUCGAAGCGGAUCUAAAGCCGUCCGUGGACAAGGGAUGGCGGCUUUGGCAAGACCGGCUCGGCGAGGCUGGAGCCGCGAGUGGGCACGCGCUCGAGUGGGUGCGGUAUUCGAAAGAUGGCCGCUUUCCGCCGUGUCGCGUUAACGAUGAACCAGUCGAUGCUUCCACCUGGAAUCCAGAGGUCCCGUUUGAGAUUGUGGAGGUUGCGUCGAUAGAAGAUGUGUUCUAUGAGGGGAGGGCGACGGUGGGGUAUCUGGCUCCGAAAUGGGAGAUGUCUGAUUCCUUGGCUGGAAGACAUAAUCUCUAUCUUAACACUAAGCUGUUGAGCUCGUGGGUUGGAGAGCAUGAGGAUUAUGCUGUGGCAACUGCUGCGCAUGAGAUGGGUCAUAUUUUUGGCUUGUGGCACGAACAUCAGCGAAGAGAUCGCGACAAGUACAUCUACUUCGAAUGCGCCAACCUGCCCGGAUACGACGAAGUCCGCAAAAAAGUCGAAGCAGAAGGAAAAUACUCCAUGAACACCAUCUGCACCGACGCCACCCUGGGCUUCGACUACGACUUCCCGGCCUACGAAUUCUCCACGCACCGCAGGGGCUAUCUCGACCCGGAGUUAACAUGGUAUCCCAACCGCGUACGCAACUCCAAAGGCUACGAUCUCGAGUCUAUCAUGCACUACAGUAGCAUCGCACCGGGCUCCGGGGAUGAUGUUAAUGCCGCGGUGCUGACCGCGUGGGUUAAGGAUGGGCCGGAUGUGGGUAGGGGCAGGAUUAUAAAAAGGAACACGAGGAUUUCGGAGCUGGAUCGGAGGGCGAUUCAGAUGAUUUAUCCUUGGAGGGAUGGGCCGUUGCCGAGCGAACUGCCGGCUCCGGAAUGUGAGGAAGUGUAUUGUUGA